AAAGGGUUAGGGUUUUAGAAUCUUAUUAAGAGAAGCACAUCAGAAGAGAGGAAGAAGAAGAAGAAAAGCAGCCAUGUUUCCUGGAAUGUUCAUGCAAAAGCCAGACAAAGCCGUGGCUUUGAAGCAGCUACGGACUCAUGCUGCUCUGUUUGGAGGCUGGGUUGUCGUUAUCCGCGCUGUUCCAUACGUCUUCUCUUAUUUCUCCGAUUCCAAAGAUGAGCUCAAGAUCGAGUUUUAAGACUCGAUCCCCUUUCGAUUUUCAGUGCUGAAGCGGUGAAGUAGAUGCAGCUUGGGACAAUGGAAGGCCUUUUGUUCUGUUUUUAACGAUCUUCUUAGGACCUGUAGCAACCACAUUGUGAGACAUAAAGUUAUAGCGAUGUACUUUUGCUAUUUGUUUUGUUUUAUGUUCUCUGGCUAUACUUUGUUCUCCUCCAUUUUCUUCUGAUUUAUUGGAAAGAGUAUUAAGAGUAACUAUUGUCGUUA